AUGGAUGAUACUAAUGGCGUGGAUAAUGAGAUUUCAACCCAAAAAGCUGAGCAGGAAAACACAGAAGGGGAUUCUGAGCGUCAAGAGGAGUCAGUAGAUCAAGAGAAAGCGAGUGAACUGAGUUCUGAAAAUGCUGCUGGGACGGGGCAGGAAGGUGAGGCGGAUCAAAAGAAAUUUGGCGACGAGAAUGGCGUAAAUGAUAGCCAGGGAAAUGAUAAUGAAGAGAAGAAGAAUGAAGAGAACAAAGAGACAAGGGAGACUAGAGAGAACGAAAGUCAGCAAGAGAAUGGAGAGAGAGAGGGAGAGAGAGAGACUAGAGAGAACGAGAGUCAGCGGGAGAAUGUAGAGGCAAAAGAGACAGAGAAUAAGGAAAAUGGAGAGAGAGAAAACAGCACCGAAGUGAAGGAACAAGAGAAGAAGAAUGAAGAGAACAAAGAUGAAGUGGAGAACAAAGAAAAGGAGAGGCUAGAGAGAGAGAACGGGAAUCAGGAAGAGCAUGUAGUGGCAAAAGAGACAGAGAAUAAGGAAAAUGGAGAAAGCAGCACUGGAGUGAAAGAGCAAGAGAAGAAUGAAGAGAACAAAGAUGGAGUGGAGAACAAAGAGAAUGGAGGCAAAAGGACAGAGAAUAAGGAAAAUGGGGAGGAAGCAACACUGAAGUGA